GAAGUAAUUGCUGUGACAACUAUUUUUAUUAUAUUGAAAAUGAAAACGGAAAAGAAUACACACACACACUGAUCAUUGUCACGUACCAUUCGUAAGGAACAGGAGGAAUUUACAAAAUGUGGAUACCAUACAGUCUUCUUGUUAUAGUGACCGUUGGGAAUAUUUGGGGAGUUACCGGAGCUGGACCCAUACCAAGACAAGUUAUUCAAAACAGAGAGGUCACUUUACAGUGCAUGCUUCCAAUGGAAGAGAGCAAAGGUGUCAACGUUUAUUGGUACAAUAAGAAGGAUGGGUGGUUAUCUUCAGGUAAUGCUGUACGCAAGCACGAUCGUGUACUGAAAAUUAAUAAGCCAGCGCCAAACGAGUGGAACCUGGUGAUCAAGAGGGCACAUUUGUCAUUUCAGGACAUAUAUACUUGUAAAACGAACACCAACACAUUUAUAAUAUCCUUCAACUUAACCAUUCUAACUCCUCCAAGAAUUAACGAAUCAGCGUCAUCUCUGAAAGAUAUUUCUGUUUUGGAAGGCGGAAGUGUCGUUUUGACAUGCGCAGUUUCAGGAAAUCCGAUACCGGUUAUAGACUGGUAUAAAGGAGUUUCGGAAACACCCAUUGGAAUUUUCGGUCAUGUAUUACGAAUACCUGACGUCACGAGAUAUGCUGCAGACGAAUAUAUGUGUCGUGCUAAAAGUCAUGGACCGAAUGCAGAGCGGAUAUUUCGUCUUACAGUAAAAUUUGCACCUCAAGCGGAAGUAAUGAACAAAGUGGUGUAUGCAGAAGUAGGGGAAGUUACUGUGCUGUCGUGCGUUGUUCAGGCUUCACCACUGAUGGAUGCUUUUUGGUUGAACGAAAAUGGAGACAGAAUUCAAGAAAAACGCAAAUACCGCUUGCUUCAGGAAAACGCUGGCGACGACAUACCAGCCAAAUUUUUAACGCUCAUCUUUCUCAAAAGUAUGCUAGACAAUGAGGACUUUGGCAAUUACACGUGCAUGGUAACCGGAAUUAACAGUGAGGCACGUGCUGUCGUUACACUGAAGAAAAAAGCAGGUCUGUGAAAUAGCGAAUUGCUUAGCAAAGACUGCAAACAGUGGACGGAGAGGUAAUAUUAUCCAUGUCUAGUGAAUGUUCAACAUAAAUCAUUAACUUUGUCAAUCAACACUUUAUUGGCGCAAUGAUAAUAAAGUAUGCCUCUCAAAUCAGGGAUCAUGUGUUCGAUUAGUACUCUAGAGUUUUUGAUGUCCGAGGAAACAUCGAAAUAACAGGAAAAAUGGCGGAUUAUUUACUUAUGUAAGGUGAUGGAUACAUAUUGAACCAAGUACUGUUCUGUAACUUCUUACGUAUACAUUCGACCUUGAUUCAUCAUUGUAUUAAGCUUCUACGCUGACUUGUACUAAUCGCAACUUUUCGGUCAGUUCCGUCAAUCUUCGGAUAAGGACGAGGACGUUCCGAUCGAUUUCUGUACCUUACAGAAUCACAGGUCAUGUAUGUAACCAUAUGGAUUACUGACAGGGAAUGAAAUGUGUCAUCAAGCGGCCGAGUUGCUAUGUCGAAUGUGUAGCGGUCGGGUGAAAUUCCGUUGGUCCCGGACAUGUUGUAGAUGGCAUGCUAGCUUAGAAUAUUUUCAUACGCUGACUAUAGAAGAGUUUGAAAGCAUUUAUGCUAAAAAUAAUUUAUGAAAAAUUUGUCUGAAUUUAUUAACAUUUUGGUGACAUUUUACGUAAGAAUAAACACAACUUAUACAAAACGUAAAUCUCAAAGGGGAAUAAAUCUGACAGAAAAUUAUCAACAAGAGUUGCUUCCCCGUUUAAACAUGACAUUACCAUUAUAUGUCUGUAAAAACUGACAUUAAACAUAUCAUUGUUUGGAACUUCAAAAGUUGUGCUAGUAAUUUCUUAUAUGGAAAACUAUUUUAAGGAGAUCGACGCCGCAAAAUUCCUCGCUCAAACAUCAAAGUAGAGAUGUUCCAUUUAUUUGAAUAAACGCUUCGUUUAAUUUAUGUUCAUACAUCUACGUUUAUCAUGGUUAUAUGGACAAG